AUGUCCAGAGCCAGCACGGCCGCCGGGGACGAGCCUACCGACGAGGAGAAGCGGACGCUGCGCAAGGUCUCUGACAAGCUGCUGCCCUGGUCUGCCUUCCUCGUCUGCGUCGUCGAGCUCUGCAAGCGCUUCACCUACUACGGCUUCUCCGGUCCCUUCCAGAACUACAUCGAGAACAAGUACGGCGGCACCCUGCCUGGAGCUAUAGGCAUGGGCCAGACCGCAGCGACAGGCCUGACCGACUUCUUCCAGUUCUGGUGCUACGUAACGCCCGUCCUCGGUGCCAUCGUCAGCGACCAGUAUCUGAGCAACUGUCUGAUCCUCUUCCUAACCUCGCUGCCUGUCGCCAUCGAGAACAGUACUGUCCUGGGAGGUCUGAUCGCAGCUAUGAUCAUCAUCGGGUACAGCACAGGAGGCAUCAAGAGCAACAUCUCGCCCCUCAUCGCAGAGCAGUACGAGAACACCACCCCUUUUAUUAAAACGCUCAAGUCUGGCGAGAGGAUUAUCAUCGACCCUGCUACAACAAUCAAGAGGAUCUUCAUGCCUCUCCAGCAUCGCCACCACCGAGCUCGAGGCCUGCAUCGGGUUCUGAGCUGCUUACCUCCUCCCCUUCCUCAUUCUCACUACAAGAUGAGACCCUCCCAGGAAAGCGUCAUUUCGAAGGCUUUCAGGGUCCUGUGGAUUGCUAUGAGGAACAAGGGCAACCUCGACGCCGCUAAGCCGCAGUACCACGAAGAGCUGGCCGGCGGCGCGCGGGGGGGGGCGCUAGCACCGCCGCCAUCACCUGGGACAGCGUCUUUUGUCGACAAAGUCAAGAGGGCCAUCGUGGCCUGCAAGGCCAGCCAGAUAACCCUCCACAGCAUCCCUAACAACCUGAUGCAGAACUGGGACCCUAUCACUAUCAUCAUCUUCAUCCCCAUCUGCAACUACUUCUUGUACCCCAGCCUAGCCAGGCUCGGCUUCCAGAUAUACCCCGUCACCCGCAUCUUCUGGAGUUUCAUGCUGGGCACCGGCGCCAUGGCCUAUGCCGCCGGCAUGCAGAAGCUCAUCUACGAGUCCGGCCCCUGCUACAACGCCCCCGCCGCCUGCCCGGCCGCCCUCGAGGCCGACGGGAGCUAUACCCCCAACAACGUCCACAUCGCCAUCCAGGCCCCCGCCUACCUGCUGAUCGGCCUCUCUGAGAUCUUUGCCAGCAUCACAGGCCUCGACUUCAUCAUAUCGCUCUUCCUGCUGACCAGCGCCUUCGGCUCCGCCCUGUCCAUCGCCCUGUCGCCUACCGCCGUGGACCCUAAGCUGCUCUGGAUGUACACCGGCCUGGCGGUCGCCUGUUUCGUGGCCGGUGUGGUCUUCUGGCUGCUGUACAGCAGGUGCAAUGACACAGAGGAGGCGAUAAACGAGCUGGACAAGUACACCGAGAAGCCGAAGCAUGUCGGGGAGAAGGACGAGGAGGACGCCUAG